AUGUUCCCUGCCGAGUCCCCGUGCAGCCUGCUCGAGCGGCUGUCACUGUACCAGUGCUGCGACCUUCACGCUCUCCCAGAAGACAUGGGCGAGCGCCUGCCGUGCCUCCGCGAGCUGAGCAUCACCAUGUGCGGCACCUUGCUGGAGCAGCCCGAUCAGCUCACCUCGCUCACAGCCCUGCGCUCCUUGAACCUCGCCGAGUGCGCAUUCUGCAGCCUGCCGGACCGCUUCGGCCACAUGCCUUCUCUCACAACGCUCGUGCUGCACAAGCUGAACAUCCACUUCCCUGCCUCCUUCACCUGCCUGCACUCCCUCGAGUCCCUCCUGGUCGCCGACUGCGCAACCCUAGUUGAGCUGCCUGACGGGCUGGGCGGCCUCACAGCGCUCAAGAGGCUGUGCGUGGCGGAGUGCCCGUCCGUGCUCCACGAGUGCGAUCUGGCCGAGCUGCCAGAGGCUGUGGGGGAAUUGACACGCCUGCGGGAUCUCUACCUUCUCUCCUGCCCGCGGAUCCAGAAGCUUCCAGAGCCCGUGGCAGCGCUGCUGAGGCUGGAAGCCCUCGUGGUGGACGAGUGCAGCAGCCUGUUCUCCGUCCCCACGAGCCUCGUCAAUCUGACGGGGCUGAAGCAGCUGAAGCUGACCGGCUGUGCGCUGCUGAGAAGGGCUCCGGAGUGCCUGCCGGGGUUGCUGGAAACGCUCAGGCUGGGGAGUUACCAGCAGGGCACACAUCUGCCGGGCACGUAUGCUCUCUCCAGCCUCAACGCUGUGACCUUCAACAAUGUGAUCUUCCCCUCUGCACUGCCCCGAAGCAGCCUCUCCUCACUGGAGCACUUGUGUCUCAUGUUGGCAUGUGAGGGCGAGUUCCCGUUCCCAUUGGCAGACCUGCCACGCCUGCGCACCCUCACACUCACCAGCACUGGAGUUGUGCGCCUUCCAGAAUUCUCCAGCUCCACUUUGCAGGAGCUGCGUCAGCUGGCAAUACUCAUGCCGGAGUUGACGGAAAUCCCAGCAACCGUCGGAGCUCUCCAAAAGCUCACCUACCUGGAGAUCAGAGCUCCCCAGCUGCCUUCCCUUCCCGAUUCAAUCGGGGCGCUUUCCAGACUAGGCAAGCUGAUUCUAUCCAACUCCCCAGCGCUCACGCACCUCCCUGCGUCCCUCACGCAGCUGGCCUGCCUGCGAGAGCUGCGAGUGCGCAAGGCCGCCAUCACAUGCCUUCCCGCCAACUUUUCCCGGCUUAGCCGGCUGCAGGUGCUGGACCUGGAGGGGUGCAAGCAGCUGGAGGCUCUGCCUGAAGACGUGGGCGAGCUGAAGCUGCUGGACCACCUGAUUUCCAGCGGGUGUGACAAGCUGUGCGACCGUCAUGGGAGGCUUCGUAUCUCUGGAGCACGGAUUUCGUAUCGGUGGUUCUGA